CAAAACGAAACGAAACAAAAGAGAAGAGAGAAGCAAUGGCCAGCUCAGUCUGAUGGCCACUUCCAGUGGGAAGAGAUCAGUGAUGGGUUAUAGGCGUAGUAGCUGCCUGCAGGCGGUGGUGCUGUGCCAGCUGCUCUUGCCGUCGACGCACAUCGCUGCGGCGGCGGGGAAGCCGAAGGCGGCGGCGCCGCCGGCGGUGGCCGGGCCGGUGUCCAAGGUGGAGGACGCCACCAGGUUCCAGAUAUACUACGGCCAGAGCUUCAAGGUCGUCAAGAACAACUGGAACGGCAAGAGCUACCUUCUCAUGCAGAACACGUCCAAGAUGGCGACCAAGACCAAGUAUUGCACUGGGAGGAUCAAGUCGUUCGUUAUCCCUCUUGCCAAUUACUCCGUCGACACCACGGCUUCUCCAGUAUCAUUCUUUGAGCUACUUGGAGUACUACAAAACUUGAAGGGGAUAACAUCUGAUCAAAUUGCCUCCCAGUGUGUGCUCCAAUCAUAUGCAAGUGGAAAUGUCCAACUUAUUAACAAGACUGACGCACAGAUACUCACGCAAUUUAGUGCACAUUUCAUGAGCACUACAGAUGAAGGCUGCAAUUUCGCAGCUUAUGUACCCUCUGAAGAGGCCACACCAUUGCAGAGGGCUGAGUGGAUCAAGUACUUGGGAGCUUUCACAAAUUCUGAAGACAGGGCUAACACAGUAUAUGACGCAAUAAAGACAAACUAUUUAUGCUUAAGCAAAGCAGCUGCAAAUCUUAGCACAAGAUUCAAACCUAUAGUGGCAUGGGUUGAAUUCACACAGGGUAUGUGGACAUUUGUUAGUGAAGGUUGGAUUGUACAGUAUGUCACAGAUGCAGGAGCAGAGGUUGUUGAUGCAACUAUUACUAAUAGGAGAUUCAACGUUUCAGAUCCAGAGGAUAUGGACAACUUCCAUGCUAUUCUUUGUACAGUUGAUGUGGUCAUAGAUCAGACAUAUGCUUCAGAGCCUGCAGAGUACAAACUAUCCACGUUCUUGGAGAGCAUUAAUGUGGACCGUGACUCUUGUUUUAGUUUUGUUGCCAACCGUAGCAUAUGGAGAUUUGAUAAAAGAAUAGGAUAUUCCAAGAAACUUGAUUGGUUUGACGGAGCUAUCUCCCAGCCCCAGCUGGUUCUUGCUGAUCUAAUAGAAAUUCUCUUCCCAACGGGGAACUACACAACAAUUUACUUCAGGAAUCUAAUGAAGGACGAAGGGGUCACUGAAGUUGUCCCUGAAAUGUGCAGUAGAAGCAUAUCAACUCCCAUGGAGCCAACUAUCUUGCCCUGCCAAUGAUGACCUAUGGAUAUGAAGACAGAGAACCUUACAGCUACUGUAGCCACAAAUAUGUGGCAAUUAAUUGCUGGGUCCAUUCCAGGUUGCUGAUAAAGCGAUUUGAAGUUUUAAACAAAGCAGACUAGAUUGCAUAUUUGAGAAAGAAUCAUGGUGACAAAUGAAUGUCAACCUUGUAAUGUAUAAGGAAAAUUUAUGUACCUAUCUCAUAUUUUCACAAUGAAAAAAUUGUUUCUAACAUGGUAUUUCAAUUUUUAUUAUCUUGAAUAAUCUUUCCUAACUAUAGUAAGGCUGAGGUACUAACUGUUGUAAUUUC